GUUAAGUUAAACUUCUUAGAAGUAACAUAAUAAUCCUGUCUUUUGUUCAUUUGCAGUCAUAUUGAAAUAUCAAUUGUUAGCUGAGCAUAUUUGAAAAGUGUAUACGAAAUGGCAUGCACAAAAAUUUGCUUGUGUAUCUUGAUUCUUUUUAGUAUUAUAUCAUGCUCAUCUUCGGAAGUAAUAGCAAAAACUGGGCGUGAAUAUCGGAAAUUGUAUCCUAGACGUCGUGGAAUUUCUGGAAUUCAGUCAACAUUGUCAUAUUCAAGACAUUCAAGGAGCCCUGAUUUACGACGUCGACCUCGUGCAUUCCCUAGAAUUAGUCGCUACAGAAGCGGAUAUUUCCCGGGAUCUCCGAUUCGACGAAGCCUUUUGCAUGUUCGACACCAACCUCAACAAGCAAUCUUGGCAAGACCUACAUCUAUGACACACAAUUACACGAGCAAUCCUCGUACGGAUGGCACCAAUUUUUAUCAAAAAUCAAGGAAAUUUUCUCAAACAAAAGCCGGAAAUAAUCGAAUGAGAAACAACAUUUCAAGACCGAAAAAAUCAAAUCCCACAACUUCUCUUACGAGACAGAGAAAAUAUCUCAUAAACAAAUGUAAAAAUAUCAAAAUUGGAAAAUGCUGCCAAGGAUGGAGUCACCAUGCUUUGACGGGCUAUUGUCUACCAUCUUGCUCCGAAUCAUGCGUCCAUGGAACGUGUGAAAACAGCCAUACAUGUAAAUGCAGAAAUGGGUUCCUGGGACCGCUGUGCAACAUAGAUGAAAACGAAUGCGCAAAAGAUGUUUGUGAACAUGGGUGCUUGAAUACGUACGGCAGUUAUAAAUGCAUCUGUGAUGAAGGAUUCCUGAUGCAAAGUGAUGGAAGUUGCAAAGAAAUACCACCAUGUGAAUUGAAACAGUGUGAAUAUAAAUGUUAUGUGGAUAGCGGAGACGCCAAAUGCGUUUGCCCGAGAGGCUACCGGAUAUCUGAAGAUGGUAGAAACUGUAAAGAUAUAAAUGAAUGUACCGAACGGGAUAUCAAAUGCAAUCAACACGAUGAAUUCCGGUUUUGUAAAAAUCUUCCUGGUUCCUACAUUUGCUCUUGCAAGGAAGGUUUUUUCUAUCACAGAUAUUUCAAAGCAUGCACAGAUUCAAACGAAUGCUUGUUGGAAACACACGAUUGUGAUACAAACAUAUCAAGAUGUGUGAAUACGAAUGGAGGGUACAAAUGUGUUUGCAGGGAAAAUUACACCGGCGAUGGCAAGAAAUGUCAGCCUAUAAGAGUGCAGAAUCGACGACGUCUGGAACUUGAAGGAAACUAGUCUACCGAAGAAAACAAGAAAUGAAAAAUGGCAUUUGUGCUGAAGGACAGCUAACCAAAACUCUCUCUCCCACCUAUGAUACCUAUAUCAUUAAUUUUUUUUAAAACAAUGACACUUUUACUAGUUUUAUUCUAAUUAUUUACCAUUGAAUAAAAUAAGUCUUUGGCUUG